AUGGCGGACGGAGCCCCCGGUGGUCCCCCCUCGGGCUCGCCCCGGCCCGGGCCCCCCCGCGCCCCGCAGAAAGAAGGACCUGCAGCCACCGCUACCGCCGCAGGAGCCCCCGGCGACCUGAGUCCGCUGCGCUCCGGUUCCGGAGGCUCCGCUUGCAGCAGCCGCGACAACUCGGCCGAGAGGGACACCCCCGGCCUGGCCAGGACCGCCCCCGCCGCCGGCAUCAUGAAGGACGGGUCCCGCCAGCGCCCCCUGCAACACAAGAAGAAGACGGUCUCCUUCAGCACCAUGCCCAGCAACCGCAAGCUCAGCAGCACCGCCGCCUGCAUCUCCUUCAUGCUGGAGGGCUGCGAGAUGAAGAAAGUGCGCUCCAACUCCCGCAUGUACAGCCGGUUCUUUGUGCUGGACCCAGACUUGCGCUUUAUGCACUGGGAGCCUUCCAAGAAAGACUCCGAGAAGGCCAAGAUUGAAAUCAAGUCGGUCAAGGAGGUGCGAGUCGGGAAGAAGACGCCGGUGCUGCGCUCCAACGGCCUCUCGGACCAGUUCCCGGAUGAAUGCGCCUUCUCGAUCAUCUACGGGGACAACUACGAGUCCCUGGACCUGGUCGCCGGCUCUGCUGACGUGGUGAACGCCUGGGUGAUGGGGCUGCGGUACUUGGCCUCCUAUGGGAAGCACACCCUGGAGGGGGCUCCCGAGACCAGCCACCCGAACCCCCGCACUUCCUGGAUCGCCUCCGUCUUCGACAUCGCGGACCUGGAGAAGGAAGGCCGGAUCCCGGUUUCCCGCGCCGUGCAGCUCAUCCGGGCCCUCAACCCCGGCAUGAAGACUUCCACCAUAGAGCUGAAGUUCAAGGAGCUCCAGAAAGCGGCAAGCGAGCGGCUCGGGGAGGAGGUGGGCUGUGAAGUCUUCGUGGAGGCCUACUGUGAGCUGUGCACCAGGCCGGAGGUCUUCUUCCUCUUGGUCCAGUUCUCCAGCAACAAGGAGUACAUGGGCCUGAAGGACCUCAUGAGCUUCUUGGAGGCCGAGCAGGGCAUGGAGGGUGUGACAGAGGAGAUGUGCCUGGAGAUCGUCCGGAAGUACGAGCCCUCCAAGGAAGGCCGGGAAAGGGGCUACUUGGCCAUUGACGGCUUCACUCGCUACCUCCUCUCUGCUGACUGCGACAUCUUCGACCCCCAGCACCGCAAGGUGUGCCAGGACAUGACCCAGCCGUUGUCCCACUACUUCAUUAGCUCUGCGCACGGAGCGUGCCUGGCUGAGGACAGCUGCUUCUGGGGUGGCUCCACUUCAGACAUUGGGGGCUAUGUGGCGGCGCUCAAGGCCGGCUGCCGCAGCCUGGAACUCGUGGUCUGCGACGGCUCGUCUGGGGAGCCAGUAGUUGGUGCUGGCACCCGCUUGGCCUUCUCUAGAGUAGUGGGCGCAGUUGCCGAGCAUGCAUUUGAGGCCUCGGACUUCCCGCUCAUCCUGUGCCUCUCGGUGCGCUGCUGCAUCGCCCAGCAGCACCUGGUGGCCGAGCACCUGAGGAAGACAUUUGGGGACAAGCUGUACCUGGUGCCUCCAAACCCCAGCGAGUCCUACCUCCCCUCCCCGGAAAAGCUCAAGAACUGCAUCCUCGUCAAGAGCCGGAAGCUGCUCAUCAGCUGCCAGGCCAGCGAAGGGGACGUGUCGGAUGAUGAGGAGACCCUGGAGCUCAGCCUGCCUCUCAGCGAGGAGGACCGGGAGCGGCCACGUUGCCGGCGGGCCUUGUGCCGCGAGCUCUCGGACCUGGUGAGCCUGUGCCAGGCGGUGUCCUUCCAGGGCUUUGAGGCAUCUCGGCGGAACCAGUGCUAUUGGGAAACCUGCUCCUUCAGCGAGGUGGAGGCUGGGCGCUACGCCAAUGAAGAACCGGAGGAUUUUGUGGAGUACAACAAGCGCUUCCUCUCCCGGGUCUACCCUAGCCCCAUGCGCAUCGACGCCAGCAACAUGAACCCCCAGGACUUCUGGAAGUGCGGCUGCCAGAUGGUGGCCAUGAACUACCAGACGCCAGGCCUCAUGAUGGACUUGAACGCUGGCUGGUUCCGCCAGAACGGGGGCUGCGGCUAUGUCCUUCGGCCUGCCAUCAUGCGUGAGGAAGUGUCCUACUUCAGCGCAAACACCCGGGACACCUUGCCGGGCAUCUCAGCCCAGCUCCUGCACCUCAAGGUGAUCAGUGGCCAGAAUCUGCCCAAACCCAAGGGCUCCGGGGCCAAGGGUGACGUGGUGGAGCCGUACGUUUGCGCCGAGAUGCACGGCAUUCCUGCCGACUGCGCCGAGAAACGCACCAAGACGGUGCUACAGAGUGGAGACAACCCUAUCUUUGAGGAGACCCUGGAGUUCCAGGUGAACCUCCCAGAGCUGGCAAUUCUGCGAUUCAUGGUGCUCGAUGACGACUACAUCGGGGACGAGUUCAUUGCGCAGUACACGAUUCCUUUCGAGUGCCUCCAAGUGGGGUACCGCCACGUGCCCCUCCAGUCCCUGGCCGGCGAGCCCCUUGCCAACACCACCUUGUUUGUCCACGUUGCCAUCACCAACCGGCGAGGCGGAGGCAAAGCACACCGGAGGGGGCUCUCAGGACGCAAGGGCCGGCGCAUGCGGGAAUACACCUCCACCAAGGCCACAGGCAUUAAGGCUAUUGACGAGGUGUUCCGCACUGCCACUCAGCCACUGCGGGAGGCCACAGACCUGCGGGAGAACAUGCAGAAUGCUCUGGUCUCCUUUAAGGAAUUGUGUGGCCUGACGCCGGCAGCCAACAUCAAGCAGUGCAUCUUAAAGCUGGCCACGUGGCUGCAGCCCAGCGAGAAGGAGAGCCCCCCAGCUGUCACCCUCAACCUGAGCGAGGAAUACCCCUCCAUGGAGGCCCAGGGGCCGGUCCCAGAGCUCCUGCGGAAAGUGCUUGCUGCCUACGACACCAUGAUCCAAACAGGCCGCACACUAAUUGAGUCAGCCGAUGCCGUUCACGCCAAGAUCAUUCAGGUGCAACAAGCAGGGAUGGGGUUUCACAAGGAGCUGCACCGUUUGGAGGCCAAGGAAGGCCUGAAAGGGCGGAAGCUGCAGAAAGCUCUGGAGAGUUUUGCCUGGAACAUCACUGUCCUGAAGGGCCAGGCCGACCUACUGAAACACUCUAAGGCGGAGGCACUCGACACACUCUGGCAGAUCCACAACGCCGCACAGUCCUGUGGCAUUGGCCGGAAUGGCGCCGCCUCCCCCGACCUCUUCCGCGGCCGAGCUCUCCUCGAUCCCAUCCCGGAAACCGAAGGAGGCAGCGACACCGGAUCUUGCUGACUUGGGGUGGCCCCGAGACCUAGGGAGGGCAGCGGACUUAUGGACACACACAGAGACUCGGGAUGAAUGAAGCGUGGCGGAUUUCUAUUUUUAUUUUUCAAAAAAUCGACAUGAAGCACAGUUUUGUCUCCAGCGUGGGGAAGUAGCUUGAGGUUCCCACCAGUCAACUUCCAAAUCUUUUCGUAAACAGGAUGGCCAACCCCAGACAGCAGAUUUCGGAUGGCAGUGACAAACAGAUUUGACCGUAACCUGUGGGAAAACCUCUCCUUCACCAGCCUCUUUGGUCAUGUCCGCAUUGAAGUCGUGCGGCUUCCCCCAAAGAAUCCUGGGAACUCUAGUUUGUUAAGGGUGCUGGCAAUUGCAGCUCUGGUAGGGGCGAACUACAGUCCUCAAGACUUUGAAGGAAGCCACAUGCUCUAAAUGUAUGGUGUUGAUGUGAUCACUGAAACAAACAGGAGCCUCCAUGUUCCUUAGGGUGCUCCUAUUCAGUUUACUGAGGCUCCAGCAUCAGCAGAGGCCUCUUCAUUCAUUGGACCAAUAACCAAGCCUGGCCAAGAAGCUUUUCUAUAGGGGCUCGGGUAGGUGUCAGCUGACCUGCUGUGGCCUAUCAGUGUAAAGACGUGGUUGUUCGGCUGGCCUUCUGCAGUCAAGUCAUUUUGCUUCUGGAGGCAGAGCAGCGAAUGUCAGCUGCUUCCAGAACAGAGUUGAGCAGUACCCAAAGCUAGUCAAGUGCUGCUGUUUUCUUUGGCACCUGAGCCAGAAAUUCCCACAUGAAUCUCUCCCCCCUCCCUGUCAGUAAAAAUACAACCAUCAUAAACCAAACAAUCUGCUGUCCUUUUCCUGACACCUGAAAUCAGCUCAGGUGGCUGCUCAAUGGUAGGGCCGGCCCUGCUGGAAUUUCAUCCUUUUGGACGGAGGCGGGUGGCACCUCAGAGGCUGAAUCUCCUGCCUGACAUUUCUCGAGGUCUUGGGUCAAGGUCUGCUAGAAGCACAAGGCACUAAGAGCUGUGUGUAGGCUCACCUCUGAUCCUAUGUAGCACCCCCUGUUGGUGAGUGGGAGGAGGCUGCCAUUGGCAUGUUAUUUGGGCUGGGACUAAAAUAAAAACAGCUUCUCUUUCUCUCCACCCUUGGAGCUAAAUUCACUAGCAAGAGGAAGGCCAAACUCAGAUUUUGGGUACAGAACCCCCUGGGAAUUGAGUGGCGCACAGCUGCAGAGCAAGGCUUGUAGUAUUUAAGCAGAGAACCAACUGUCAGGGAUGCUGUGACACUGAGAUUCCAGGAUUGUUGAGGUGGUCUGAAUGAUCUCCAGGUUGCUUCCUUCCAACUUGUAAUAUUAUACAGUUCUGUUGUUUGCUGGACACAGAUCUUCCUCAGGGCAAGGUGGCAGUGGAGAGGAUAGAGGGCUAAAAGACAUCUCAGUAUGUCUUGUUCUCCUGCACCAUGCUUUGAGGCUCCUAGUUAGAGCUGAAAUGACAGGGAGGAGUACAUCUUGAAUUUUCCUCUCUAGAAUCUGGUUGUAAAACUUCAAAUGGUUGCAUCAAGUUAAGUCACACCCAGAGUGGAUCCACUGAAAUCAACAGAUUUAAUUGAAGCGUGCCAGUUGAUUUCUGUGGGUCUACUUUGAGUAUGAUAUAGCUGGAUGCAACCCAAAUUUUAUCCUCUCCUGACUGGAUCCCUCCACCCCCCCCCCCAAUUGUUCCCAAGUUAUGGAUUAUUGUUGGAUUCAGGGUUGUGGGGUUUGUUUGUUUGUUGGUCAAAAAGAAAUCAAGGCUGUAAGAUUGUAAAUCUAACAAGAAGAUCAUACCAUCUUGAAAAAUAACAUCGCAGACCUUAAAGCUUGGGUUUUCAAAGUGUCCCUUGAAUUCACAUUUGAAAAUGUUGAAAUUUGAAAUAUUUUGCCAGUCUCACAGAUAUUUGUGCAAUGGUGUCUUCUGGUUCCUUACAUUGAUAUAUCUCUCUCACUUUUCCUUGUUUUUGGGGUGUUGCUGAGUGGGGGGGCAUAGACUGAUGAUUCCCCGGCUGGGCCCUGUUCCCCUCAUGCCAGACCUGGAAGGCUUCCUCUAGGACUGUGAGGGAUGGAUUCUCUUGACAAUAAAACCUGAGCUU